AUGGACUUCACGAUCUCGCUCGCUCACUUCUGCGAGAUCCACGGUCCGACGUCUAUCAUCUGUACCCAAGCAUCCACAUUGCCAUGCGCGUCCUGCAACCCAUGCGUGACGCCGCCCUCAGACGACCCGCAUUCGGCAUAUUCCUACAACGGCCUGUAUGACCAGCCCAAACUGGGCACCCAGAUCCCACACCUCACCUCGCCAUUCGAGUCGCCGCCCACCAGUCCGCGCUCCCCUUCCCACAACCCCUACUUCCCCAGCUACCCGUCGUCCGACAGCAGCUUCGGCGGGCGGAGACCGAGCACCGCCCUCGACUGUGAUCCCGAUGUCUGCGACAACUGCCGCAUGGUAGUCCCCAAGAAGUACUGCGAGAAGCUGCCCGACGGCGCCCCAGGCAGCCCCUCCAAGGACGGCCGCGGAAGGAACGGCAGUCCGGUGCUGCGGUCUUCGCAGAACUUCCCUGUGCGCCGCCCUGCCCACUUCGACGAUGGCGGCAGCACCGACUCGUCCGACAUGUCCGACACCGAGCAGUCCAAGUCUUACGAGAGCGCCGACUCCAUACUGCCCUCGCCCAUGCUCGCAUCGCGAAGCAUCCACACACAUACCUUGAACUAUGUUUCCACGAGACAGCCACUUUCACCCACCACAUACUCGCUCCUACGCCGCUCGUGUAUCCGCACAUCUGUCAACUGA